UGUGACCAAGGCUCAGCGUUCAUUCCUUGCCGUACUGUGAUCUUGGGCUUUCCCUGUGAGGAGCUGGGUUGCCUAGUGAGGUCUGCUCUGAGAGUUCGGAGGCAUAUGCCUAGAUGGAGGGAUCCUGGGAGAGCGGGCGGGAUUCGCUGGCAAGGGCGUUGGGGUUGGCAGCACUCGGCAGUCCGGGAGGACUUGUUCCUCUCAUUUUCAAUGGAGAGUAACUGUAUAGAUAAAUAAUGAGGACCAGCCCUCGCAGGCCCUUAAUUCUCAAAAGAAGAAAACUGACCCUUCUACAGAAGGAGGUAUCCAGUACUUCAGGUAGAGAUGAGAACAGUGGUCACAAUGAAAAGACAUCUAAGCAGGAGCACAGCCAGGAGGACCAGAAGGACAGCCAAUGCAGAGACGAAAUAGACUGUGGCCUGCAGAAAUUUCCAGCGGGAAUAAAGAUAAUGAACCAUCCUACGAUGCCCAACACACAAGUUGUGGCCAUCCCUACUAAUGCGGAUAUCCAGAGCAUCAUAGAGGCCCUGACAGCAAAAGGAAAAGAAUGUGGCAACAAUGGGCCCAAUAAAUUCAUUCUCAUUAGCAGUGGGGGAACUUCUCGUUCACCAGGUUUGAUACUAUCACAGCACCUUCACUCAGUGGAGAAACCUAGCACAGUGGCUAGGUCUUCAAAUAGUCAAGUAAGAGAGAAGAAUAUUUUACAGACACCUGAUCUUGCUGGAGGAUCAAUGGUCUGGCAUUCAGGAAUUGAUUCUGCAUUUGCACAGAAACAGGAGAACAGCAGUGGUGAGACAAUGAGCUCUGUGCUGGAUAAUAGUCUCACUAACAUUCAGUGGCUGGGGAAGAUGAGAACUGAUGGACUAACUCCCUGUUCUGUGAAGCAAGGCAUGGAGAAAGAGAACCAGAUGCCUCUACGAGAAAGAAUGAAGACUGAGGAUUCUGCUGCUGUUGCCAUUCCCUCCUCCUCUUCCUCAAGGCAAGAUUCAGUAUCAGAACGACCUCCAUACUCCUACAUGGCCAUGAUCCAGUUUGCCAUCAACAGCACUGAAAGGAAGCGUAUGACUCUGAAAGACAUCUAUACCUGGAUUGAGGAUCAUUUUCCAUAUUUUAAGCAUGUGGCUAAGCCAGGUUGGAAGAACUCUAUUCGGCAUAAUCUGUCCCUCCACGAUAUGUUUGUCCGUGAGACAUCUGCUAAUGGUAAAAUCUCAUUCUGGACUAUUCACCCUGAUGCCAACCGUUGCCUAACAUUGGACCAAGUGUUUAAGCCGCUGGACUUGGGGUCAACAUCGUCUGAGCACUCUGAAUCAGUAAGACUCUGGCCUGGGCCUUGGACUUCUAAUCUCCUCUUGCUAGAAAAAGAAUGUUUGCAGCAGCAAAAGCAACAUGUUCCAGAUCCCCAGAAGAAUAUGGGAAGCAACAAUAGCAGCAAAACUGAACCCCAAAAUGCACGACGAAAGAUGAAGCCUUUGCUUCCUCGCAUCAACUCCUACCUUGUUCCGAUCCAGUUUCCAAUGAGUCAGCCUCUCGUCUUGCAGCCUUCUUUGAAGGUUCCUGUAUCUGCGGUACAGGGAGCGUCCCACAACAGCUCAGAGACCUUCCGAAGCAAUAAACGUGUGCGCAUUGCUCCAAAGAUGUCUCUCUCUAUUGAAGAGUCACCCUCUUUACCCAUGGCUGUGGCCAAGGAGGAGAGCCAAUUUGAUGAAGGAUUUUUUUCCCCAACACAUUCUCUGAAGGAGAACAACCCUCAGCUUGGUGAGGAAUCAUCUUCUUUCCCUGAGGCACUCUGUAUUAAGGAAGAGGAAAGCUCACAACUGGGGGACUGGCUGUCCCCUUUUGCUUCAACCAUAACUGUAAAGGAAGAGCCAGACUUGUUUGUCCCAGUCUCAGCCAUGACAGAAAAGAAACGUUUCACUAUACUGAAGUCACCAUCUAAGGGUGUUUCUGACGCAUUAGUUAUAAAGAGAUGUGAGAGGCGGGAAAUGAGCAGAUCCAGAAGGAAACAGCGCCUAGCACUGCCUUGCUCAGAAGAGCCUGUCGUUAUCUUUCCAGAGAGCAAUGAAUUUGAUCAUCCGUUCCAGUUAGGGGCAGACCUCCCCUUACUGCAGGAAAACCAGCCUCUAGAGAAUGUAUCACAGCUGAGAUGCCUGCAGGAGGAAGAGGGGCCUUUUAAAACACCAGUCAAAGAGAUGUUCAGCAAGUUGCCAGUUUCUUCCACUCCCUGCAAAGUCCCGGCAACUACUACCCCUCCACUAGGGGGCCUUGACCCCUGGAAGUCUGCAUCAUCAGCCAAGAGAGGUAAUGAGCUGGAUUUCAGUCCAGUGAGAACCAUUCAGCUGCCGAUCACACCCUUCCAGGAGAACCAGGACUUGCUGGGUUUUAACAGCACGCCCCUUAAAAAUCCUCUCCCUGAGUCCUCUUGGGAAUUGCUCAAUACGGAAUCUAACGACACAGUGCACAGACCCCUCACAAGCUCUCCAUCUUUUAUUCACAAAUCUACUAAGCAGUUGCCCCUUGAACUACCAGCCUCUAGUCUUACUGAAAACCGAUCACUCAUGGAGGGCCUGAUUUUGGACACCAUGAAUGACAGUUUGAGCAAAAUCCUUUUAGAUAUCAGCUUUCCUGGUCUUGAGGAUGAAAACUUAGGAACAGACAUUAGUUGGUCUCAGCUUAUACCUGAACUGAAGUAAACUGUCUAGAAGACUGAAUUUGGCUUAUUUGGAUUUUACAGAAAGCACUCCUCUUCCGAGAUCUGUUCACGUAAUCAAAAGCAGACAGUCUUUUUAGACAAUUCCUUCAUUUGUGGGAGUACUGACUCCUGCUAAGCUGGGAAAUGGGCCGGUUGGCUGCUAUGAGCUGCCUUUUUGAGCUGCAAUGGACUAUUUUAUGUGGGUCAAGAUAGAAGCUCUCUAAUCUGGUGCUAGAGUGGAGAGUCCCUGGAGAGGGGUUAGCAUCUAGAUAGCCCUGACCAGCCCUGGCUAAUCGAGGUAUGAAAGGAAACGGGUACAUCCCUCAAUUAUGUCCAAUAGAAAGGCUCUGAGCACUUCCACCUUCUCUGUCCUUACUUUUACUUUGUUCUCAUCUUAUUUAGCAUCUUCUGUGUAGGUUUAAUGGCUUUAAGCCCCAUAUAUUCCCUAAAUUACUAGCCCUUUAUUACAAUAGUAAUUUUAUUCUUGUAGAGUUGUUAGGGGAAUAUUUGAGUUGGUAAACGAUUUAGCUUAGCGUUGUCCAUAUGUUCCGCCUGCCCUGUAUUUCUCUAGAUGAGAGCCCAAAAUACCAUUUUCUUUUAGUCCAAAAACACAUUGGCCUUGAAAGUUGCCAAGGCAGAAAUCUGAAGAAUCAUCUAUAUGUGACUGAGUGACUACUCAAGCUAAAUAGGAAAGAAAUUGUUAACUGGAUUGCAGCAUGAAAUCUUGGUUCAUUUUUCCUUCUCAGCUCUUCUUCCCUUCCCAGGCUGGAAUGGAGGAGAGCUGUAACUCUUUUGGUUCCAUAGUCCUAUUAAUAUGUACGUAGAGGACUUGGUGGAGUCACAGUUGCAGUAAGAUGGAUUUCUACAGAAUGGUUAAAGCAGCUUUCAUUUCAGACAUCAGCUGAAAACGUGAAACAGAACCUGUAAAGUGAAUACUGGUAUUUUCACUGGCAAGUGACCCCUGGGAAUGAAAGGUAUGUUUCUCCCAUUGCAAUAGGGCUACUCUUCCCACUUCUUUAGAUCUCAUGUCAAAAGAGGAAAUGGCCAUGGAAAGACCUAAUCCUUCUGCUUCCAGACAAAUGAUGACUCGUGCAUCUACAUACUCAAUAAAGUUUUUGCAGGAGCGCAGCUGAGUAUCAUCUUUCCUGCAGCCACUUUUAGCAAUGUGCUUUGGCUGGACCACGGUAUGAACACAUGCUUUUGCUUGCCUUGUCGUGGGCUUUAGCCUUGGAUCUUAGUUCUGGGGAAAGAGACAGGUUGCUGUGGGAGGGGAGAGUAUCAGUGUGUUGAUACUCUCUUGAUAAUGUGUUUAGUACAAAUCUGCAUUUCUAAGACCCACUCCAUACAGAGGUGCUGUUUUGUGAGAAGGGGUUGUUUAUGAAAUAGCUUCAGUAGCAGUCUAAGCAACCACAGCCACGAUCUGGGCAAACUUCAAUGUGUGUAUCACUACUUACAAGACAUCAGUAGAAACACCUUGCCUCAGAAUCUUCCCCAGGUCUUAGUGACCUUUCUUGGUACGGUGCCAAUGACAGUUCCUGAAAGUCUCUUUCUGCCUGACGUCAGUAAGUUAUCCUGAAAUUUUCUUUUACCUCAGGCAACAUAAUUUCUUGGAAUCUCUUUGUCCUACCUGAAGCACUGAGGGUAGGAAUGAAAUUCCUUUAAGCAGUCAUAGAGCUUGAAAAGCUAUAAGAAAUCAAAAAGGAAUGGAGAGGCCAAGCAUGUACUUUAGGUUUUUCACCCACAGCUGUAUCACAAGAAGCUCCACUACAGAUGCUGAGGGAAAGCGCGUUAGGUUGAAUUCUCUGUUUUGGAAUUCAGGAUAUGUCUGUCUAAUGCAUGUGUGAUCUCUGGUCUGUCUUACACAAUGAUCUGGUACGAAACACGGAGCAAGUCCACUUCUGGUGGGCUAGAGAACUACAGACUCUGAUG